AAACUUGCAUUUCUAAGUUGGUUGUUUUUCGAUUUCAUAAUCCUAAAAAAAGAAAGAAAUAGAAAAUGAGUGAUAAAAACGACGGAACUGCUCCUGCUGACAAAACCAUUUUUGAUGCCAUUGCUCAGGGUGAUUUAACAGAGUUUAAAAACAUUCUAGCAGAGCACAAGGGUGGAGUCGAUUUCUUUGACGAAAAUGGUAUGACGGCACUCCAACAUGCUGCAUAUAAAGGGAAUAAGGACAUGGUUCAGUUAUUACUCGACAGAGGAGCUGAUGUGAAUUCUGGGAAGCAUGAAUACAACUACACGGCAUUGCAUUUUGGUGCUUUAUCUGGUAGUUCUGAAGUGUGCAAGUUGUUAUUGGAUGCUGGCGCUAAGCCCACUGCAACAAACUCUGUUGGUCGUACAGCAUCACAAAUGGCUGCAUUUGUUGGUAAUCAUCAUACUGUUGCCACCAUUAAUAAUUAUGUACCGCGUAGCGAAAUAGCUUACUUCUCUACCAUACAAGGACAACAAACUGAACCAUAUCUUCCAGCAGUCUUAGUGGAUCCGCUACAUAAAUUUGUUCUCGGUGUCAAUAUACAUCCAGUUAGACUAGCUCUUAACUUACAACAUUCACCUGCUCUUCUAGAGAAUGCUGAGAAAGUCAGUAAAGUUUUAGAAUUAUUGUGUAAAAAAGAAAUGACGAGAGGCAGUGAAACAAAUGAAGUUAUGGCUUUCAAAUAUCACUACCUCGCAUACAUUGUAAGAGAGAUCAACAAUAUAAAAGACAAACAGAAACCUGCUUCAGAUAAGGAUGAAAAGAAAUAUGAUAUUGUAGAAAUAUUUUCAAAGAAGCUACUGAAACCUGGUAAGGAUGGUGUUUCGUUGGAUUUAAUGGAUAGCUUCCUCAAAGAUUGUGUAAGAGAAUUUCCGUUUAGAGAGUGCACUACUUUUCAUCAAAUGGUAACAUCAUUGACUAGUAAAGAUCCUCCUUCUGCAUUAUCAGUUAUUAACUGCACCUUAAAUGGCCAGCGUGGAUUUGUUGAUGCAAUUCCAUAUUGCAGUACAUGUGGAGAGGAGAAGCCGGCAAAGAAGUGUUCCAAAUGCAAAUCUGUGCAGUAUUGUGACAGAGAAUGCCAACGUUUGCAUUGGUUCGUUCACAAGAAGGCAUGCAACAGAGAGUCUAGUGCACCAUCCGUAGCCACCACUAAUACAAAAGCCGACAUCAACCCUAAUAUACUGUGUUCGGAGAUUCAAAAUUUGUUAGCAGGGUAGGGUUAGGAAUGCAACAUGUAAUCAAUUAUAUAUAUAUGUAUUCCAUGAUUGGUAUAGUUCAUUUCUCACUGUGUUGUAAUAUAAAUAUAUUGUCAAAGG